AUGAGGCGUGUUGAUGCCGACGGAAACACAGCUACAUCACGUCUACACCGCGGCGGCACAUCCUUCCGUCCUCGUAAUCGACCCUUGCCCGCCCCCCGGCAGGAGAUCGGCAAGCGCAGCGUGUACAAGAUCGUCGUGCAGGAAAAAAAGGUAGACGUCCUUGUGGAGGCUGUUGUCCAGUCGGUCGCCACCGCCGCCUCCGCCGCGGGAGCUCCUCCGGCAGCAGCAGCAGCAGCAACAGCAGCAAUCGCUGCCGACUCGGCCAAGCCCUCGCGCGGGCGCUCACGGGAUCGCCGUGGCGAGAAUGACCUAGAGCAGCACCAGCACCAGCACCAGCACCAGCACCAGCACCAGCAGCCGCCGCCUUCGGCGGCAUCCACGAUCCAUUACCCGCCUAUCUCGCCGUCGACCAUUGCCCCCGGGCAGGGGCCGGCGCCGUCCCCGACUCAGAGCGCGCUCGGCGCCGUGAGGAUGGCAGAGGAGCGGGGGGCGGCCCGUGAAGCUUCCUCUGCUGCCACCGCCGCCGCCGCCGCCGCCGCCGCCAUCGCCGGUGCCAACGCCUCCGCCGAGGAGAAGAGAAGGGCGGCGGCGGCAGCGGCAGCGGCGGCGGCGGCGGCGGCGGCCAUGGUGGUGGAGGAGGAGCAGCGGCAUCAGGUGAUCGCCUCGGGCGUGAAACCUUCCGACUCACCGAAGCCGUACGGGUCCAAGCGAGGGAGAGCGCGACGCGCCGCCGCGGCGGCCCGUGCGGCCGCGAAGUCCGCGACCUCGGGGACGCUGCCGGCGUCCUCCUCUGAGGACGAGGAGGACGACCAGCCCGCUGCAAGAAGGCCAACUCAAUCGGCCGUGCAGCCGUCCGCCGCUACCGCUGUUGCGAGCGACACGCAUGUGAGGAAACCGUCCGGGAAGAUAACCGUUCCCGACGUCUUCAAGCAGUCCACAAAGCCCCCGCAACAGUCGGCCGCCGCGGCGGCGGCGGCGGCGGCGGCGGCGGCGGGGGGCAACGUCGCGACAUCCUCGGCCCGCCGGGGGAGGUCGAAGGAAUCCCGUGGGUCGGGCCUGUCGUCUGCGGCUGCAACUGGCGGUGGCGACGGCGGCGGCGGCGGGAUGUCGGCCGCCGCCGCCCGAAGCAUUGUUGAGCUCGUGUCCGGGGCCGGGACCGCGAAGAAACCUUCGCAUUCCGAGCGUACCGUCGCCGCCGCAGGCGGCGGUGAUGCGGUUGGUCCGAAGAACGCUGCGCCGGCGCCGGCCGUAAUUGACGAUGAGCCCACCGCCGCGGCGACAAGGGGCCGAGGUCGCGAGGAAGGUGGCGCCGGCGGGGCGGGGGAUGCCGCCCCACGGGGCCGCACCGCGACCAGCAGCAGCGUCGAGCGGAGGACGGGGCCCCGCAAGCUGCGAAUAGGGAGGGGUACGCCUAGCAUCUCCCCUGAGCGGCAGCGGCGGGCGCUGCUGGGCCUCAGCGGGGACGAGCAGGAGAAGCAAGCCAACGGCGCUGCGACUACGGGGAAGGAGGAGGAACAAGGCACGGCGGCGGNGGAGGAGGAGGAGGAGGAGGAGGAGGAGGAGGAGGAGGAGGAGCGCUGCCCAAGGAACGGCUCUCGUGGAACUCCCAAGUCCAGGGUUGCCGUUGUCGGUGCUGGUGUUGCCGGCGGCGGCGGUGGCGGCGGAGCCGGCGUCGCCGCGGCUCAGAGAUCCUGGGGGAGGUCGGGGUCGUGGUACGAGCCCCGGCGGCGUCAGCAGCCGGCGGCGGCGGCGGCGGCGGUGGCGGCGCUGGCCGGACAAAAGGAGGAGGAUGACGACGACGACGACGACGACGAUGACGAUGAGGACGAUGAAGCGGCGAUCGGCGGCGUUGCCAGUGGUGGUGAUGGUCGCUGUAGCGGCGAAGUUUUCCCUCCGCCGCCGCCGCCGCAGCAGCAGCAGCAGCAGCAGCGGGCGUUCCUGCCGGUGGCCGAGUCGGUGGCGGUGGAGGGCCCGGGGGGGUCGGGCCACCGCCGCCGCGGCAGCCGAGAGGUUAAGGACAGCAGCGGAAACAGCGACAAAAACGCCUCGAAUGGGCUGCCGGAAGAGAACAUGUUCUUCAUGAGGAAGCAGAAAACCAAGUGGCGGGGCGGCGGCGGCGGCCUGCCCAAGGACAACGCCGCAGCGGCGGCGUCGGAAGCGGCCGGAGGUCGCUUACGGGAGAAGCACCAGAGGUCGUCGAGCAGGACGAGGCUCCACGACCGCAUCACAGAGCAGCAGGAGCCGCCGGGUGUCGGCGCCGCGGAAGCGGCCCGGCUACGGGAGGCGAGCGAGGAGAGGAAGAGCUACGGGGGAAGCAUCGCCGCGGCCGCGAAGGCGGUCGCGAACCCGGGCUACGCGGACUCGGCGUGCGGGAGCGUUGUCAUCCUCGACCGCGAGUCUGGCAUGGGGCUGUCCGUCCUCAACCCGUACGACGAAGUUGUCGUCGACAGGACCGGCAGCGGCAGCGGGGGCGGCAACAAGGUGGCCAUUUUCGCGGCCGCGCCGUCCGCGGCGUCGUCGGGGAGAGGGGACGGCCGUCCCUCCGCUGUCGUCGCCGCUACCGGCGCUACCGGCCGCUCGGGGUCCCGAGAGCGGAGUAACUCUUCGGGGUUGCGGCAGCUGGAGCAGAGACGGCCCUCCAGCCCGGCCGGGCACAUCCACACCGCGGAGCAGAAAGCGCGGCGGAGGCAGGAGGGGGG